GUUGUUUGGUCUCUCUGCAUGCACGUCUUUUGUCUCUCUGCAUUCACCCGACUACCGUACGCAGAAAUAUUAGGACAUAAUGUCGGUGUUGCGUUUAUUUACUGGUGGGUUGCGAAGAUCCGUGAAGAAGCAAGCUCUGAUGCUCUUCAGUGUGCAUACCCGCCGCUUUCAACAGACACAAGCUGAGACAAGAACAAGUCCAGUCUGCGCUUACAAUGAAUGGGAUCCACUGGAGGAAGUGAUUGUUGGUAGAGCAGAGAAUUCUUAUGUUCCGCCUUUCACCAUUGAUGUGAAAGCAGUCAUUCCUCGGGAUAUGUGGUCGUUUUUUGUGCAGAAUACCGGGCAGCCAUUCCCGAAAGAUCACGUUGCAAAAGCAGCUGCACAAAUUGAAGAAUUUUGCAAAAUUUUGCAACACGAAGGAGUGACUGUCCGUCGACCUGACAUCAUUGAUCAUGGCAAGGAGUUUACAACACCAGAUUUUACUUCAACGGGGAUGUACGCAGCGAUGCCUCGUGAUAUUCUUAUAGUUUUUGGUGAAGAGAUCAUUGAAGCGCCAAUGUGUUGGCGAUCAAGAUUCUUUGAAUACAGAGCUUAUAGAAGUCUGAUGAAGGAAUAUUUUCAUGCUGGGGCCACGUGGACAGUCGCUCCGAAAGCAUUAAUGGAGGAUGCUCUGUAUGACGAGGACUACCCAAUAACCUCAGCUGAGGAUCGGAAACGGUUGGCGGCCGAAGGCAAGUUCGUCACGACUGAACACGAUAUUUGCUUUGAUGCUGCGGAUUUCAUGAGAUGUGGAACCGAUGUUUUUGCCCAACGCAGCCAGGUAACCAACAAUUUUGGUAUUGAAUGGAUGAGAAGACAUCUGGGAACUAGGGGAUAUAAAGUGCACACUCUAACCUUUGAAGACCCCAAUCCAAUGCACAUCGAUGGCACGUUUAACAUCAUUGGACCUGGUUUAGUCCUAUCUAACCCUAUUCGUCCCUGUCACCAAAUAAAUAUGUUCCUCAAAGCAGGUUGGAAAGUGGUUGAGCCACCAACACCAUUAAUUUCAAAAGAUUACCCUCUAUGGACGACCUCGAAAUGGCUGUCAAUGAACGUACUCAUGUUGGAUCCCAAGAGAGUUUUCGUUUUAAAAUCCGAAACUACGACACAAAAGAUGUUUGAAGAUCUGGGUAUUGAAUGCAUCCCGGUGGAUAUUUCCUAUGCCAUGGCCUUGGGCGGAGGAUUUCAUUGCUGGACGACAGAUGUGAGGAGACGUGGAACAUUAGAAUCGUAUUUGUAAGCAGUGUUACUAAAACUAAGAUAUGACUAUAAUUAUAUUUGAUUUAUAUUAUAAAAACAGUUCUGAAAUCAAAUAGCCCUUAUUUAAACUGUCAUACAGCUGA